AUGUCCCUUUUCCUAGGCGGGAUCAGGACGCCGAACAUCCAGCCGACAAAAGCGAACGCUCAGCAGUUACCGGCUUCUAGCUUCAACACGGGUAUAGAGUCCGUUCCUCCGCGGGCCCCGGUGGAGGAGGUCAUUGAAGAGGAACGAGCGCAUCCGGUCUCAUUGGAACGCAGAGAAGUCUCGGUGCUACUCGACGGCGCCGACAAGGACGCAGAAGAGGACUUCGAUGAUGAAGAUGAUGACAACAACCAGUCGGUAGCAUCCGAGAACAUGGAUGUCGAUGACCAUAUCGCAGGUAAGAAUGCCUUGAUCAAUGAGGAGUAUACUCAUGCUGAUCAUGCAUAUAGCGGAGAAUAUGGAGAGGUUCUGCAUCCGGGUUCCGAUAUCACUGAACCUUCUUCUCCAUUGCGACUUAAGCAGGUGAUAUCCCCGAGUCCGCCACCGUAUUCAGGGCUCUUCGACAAUAUGAUCAAGUCGAGCUAUCACAGGAGGUCUUAUCUCUCUUCCCUAAACGACUUCGAGGUCUUAUACGGGAUCCAUUCCCGGUAG